GCGUCCGCGGCCCGGCCGCAGCCCAGGCCGCCGAGGGAGAGCGGCGGGGCCGGCGCCAUGGCCGAGCGGGGCCGCCUGGGCCUGGCCGGCGCGCCCGCCGCGCUCAACACGCCGGUGCCCAUGAACCUGUUCGCCACCUGGGAGGUGGACGGCUCCAGCCCCAGCUGCGUGCCCAGGUUGUGCAGCCUGACCUUGAAGAAGCUGGUGGUCUUCAGGGAGCUGGAGAAGGAGCUUAUCUCAGUGGUGAUCGCUGUCAAGAUGCAGGGCUCCAAGCGGAUCCUGCGGUCCCAUGAGAUUGUGCUGCCCCCCAGCGGACAAGUGGAGACCGACCUGGCUCUGACCUUCUCGCUGCAGUACCCUCACUUCCUGAAGAGAGACGGCAACAAGCUGCAGAUCAUGCUGCAGCGGAGAAAGCGCUACAAACACCGGACGAUCCUGGGCUACAAGACGCUGGCGGCGGGUGCCAUCAACAUGGCCGAGGUGAUGCAGCACCCCUCCGAGGGGGGCCAGGUGCUGAGCCUCUGCAGCAGCAUCAAGGAGGCCUCAGUCAGGGUGGCCGAGAUCUGGAUCUUCUCCCUGUCCAGCCAACCCGCCGACCAUGAGGACAGUGCCAUGCAGACCGGCCCCGCGGCCAAGUCCACAGAUAACUACUCCGAGGAGGAGUACGAGAGCUUCUCCUCCGAGCAGGAGGCCAGCGACGAUGCUGUGCAGGGGCAGGAUUUGGACGAGGAUGACUUUGACGUGGGGAAGCCCCAGAAGCAGCGGCGAUCGAUAGUAAGAACGGCGUCCAUGACCAGGCAACAAAACUUUAAGCAGAAAGUUGUGGCACUGCUGCGGAGGUUCAAAGUGUCAGAUGAGGUUCUGGACUCUGAGCAGGACCCUGCAGAGCAUGUCCCCGAGGUGGAGGAGGACCUGGACCUUCUGUAUGACACACUGGACAUGGAGAACCCCAGCGACAGCGGCCCUGACAUGGAGGAUGACGACAGUGUCCUCAGCACCCCCAAGCCAAAGCUCAGGCCAUACUUCGAAGGCCUGUCGCACUCCAGCUCGCAGACGGAGGUCGGGAGCAUCCACAGUGCCCGGAGCCAGAAGGAGCCUCCGAGCCCCGCCGACAUGCCUGAGAAGACGCGGGCCGUGGGAGGCAAGCAGCCAAGCGACAGCGUCUCCGAGGCAGCGGCCCACAGCGUGCCCGCCCCUGGGGAGCAGCCGGCUCAGCCAGAGGACAGCCCAGAGGUGGAGGCCUCCGCCCUGGACGUGUUCACCGAGAAGCUGCCGCCCAGCGGGAGGAUCACCAAGACUGAGUCUCUGGUCAUCCCCUCCACCAGGUCCGAGGGGAAGCAGGCCGGCCGCCGGGGCCGGAGCACAUCCCUGAAGGAGAGGCAGCCGGCAAGGCCACAGAAUGAGCGAGCCAACAGCCUGGACAGUGAGCGCUGCCCAGACACGCGGAGCCAGCUGCAGAUCCCCAGGAAGACCGUGUAUGAUCAGUUAAACCACAUCCUCAUCUCUGACGACCAGCUCCCCGAAAACAUCAUUCUUGUCAACACCUCCGACUGGCAGGGGCAGUUCCUUUCUGACGUCCUGCAGCGGCACACGCUCCCCGUGGUGUGCACGUGCUCCGCGGCCGACGUCCAGGCGGCCUUCAGCACCAUUGUCUCACGGAUACAGAGAUACUGCAACUGCAAUUCCCAGCCCCCUACCCCUGUGAAGAUCGCGGUGGCUGGGGCUCAGCAUUACCUCAGUGCCGUGCUGCGGCUCUUCGUGGAGCAGCUGUCUCACAAGACCCCGGACUGGCUGGGCUACAUGCGCUUCCUCGUCAUCCCACUGGGUUCCCACCCUGUGGCCAGGUACCUUGGCUCCGUGGACCACCGCUACAACAACUUUUUCCAGGACCUCGCCUGGAGAGACCUGUUCAACAGGCUGGAGGCCCAGAGCACUGUGCAGGACACGCCGGACAUUGUGUCGAGGAUCACACAGUACAUCUCGGGGGCCAACUGCGCCCACCAGCUGCCCAUCGCGGAGGCCAUGCUGACCUACAAGCAGAAGAGGAAAAAGAACUUUCACUUUGACUUUGCCCUCAGCCCUGAUGAGGAGUCCUCUCAGAAGUUCAUCCCCUUCGUCGGGGUGGUGAAGGUUGGAAUAGUGGAACCGUCGUCAGCCACAUCAGGUGACUCAGAUGACGCAGCCCCCUCGGGCUCUGGUGCGCUCUCAUCCACCCCACCGUCCACAUCCCCUGCGGCCAAGGAAGCCUCCCCCACCCCGCCUUCCUCCCCGUCGGUGAGCGCAGGCCUGUCUUCCCCCAGCCAGGGCCUCGGUGCCGAGCUGAUGGGGCUGCAGGUGGACUACUGGACGGCGGCCCAGCCUGCAGACAGGAAGAGGGAUGCGGAGAAGAAGGACUUGCCUGCCGCCAAAAACACGCUCAAGUGCACCUUCCGGUCUCUCCAGGUCAGCAGGCUGCCCAGCAGUGGUGAGGCUGCAGCCACGCCCACCAUGUCCAUGACUGUGGUCACCAAGGAGAAGAACAAGAAGGUGAUGUUUCUGCCCAAGAAAACCAAGGACAAGGACGUGGAGUCCAAGAGCCAGUGCAUCGAGGGCAUCAGCCGUCUGAUCUGCACGGCCAAGCACCAGCAGAACAUGCUUCGGGUCCUCAUCGACGGCGUGGAGUGGAACGACGUCAAGUUCUUCCAGCUCGCGGCCCAGUGGUCCUCCCACGUCAAGCACUUCCCCAUCUGCACCUUCGGACACUCCAAGCCCACCUUCUAGCCCCGCCUGUCGGGGCCACCGCAGCCCUGCCUGCAGCCCUGUGGGCCGAGUGCCGGGGCCCAGCUGCUUUCUGUUAACAUUUCAGUUCACUACAGACGCAGACUCUUAAAACACAGAGAGAAAUGGUCUUAAGUAUGACUGUGCUCACAGCCUGGGAACUAAUGGGGAGCUUCCCCCUGGAGGCCCGUUGACUGCUCCGCUUCUUAACCAGAACGUGCUGGCUGGGUGGCCAGGUGGGCUGCGUGCAGCUGGAGGAUCCUGGAAGGUGUGCCCCCCCGGCGAGAAGGGUUCUCAUCUUCGUGUCCUGUCCUUCCUGAAAGCCAGGACUCUGCGUCCUCAGGGAGCCGGGGGCAGGCGGGUGGCUGCACAGACCAACAGGCUGCCUGUGUGCCCAGGCGCAGAGCUGGGGGGCCAGAGCCAGAGGCCAGCCUCCAGAGCACAGAGGCCGGCCGGCCCCACCUGGGGCCCCAGCCACCUACCAGCCCAGAGGUGCCCCAGCACCGCCCACGCGUGGUCCCUAUAAACUCCAGCCUCACAGGGCAGAAGAGGCUUUUAGUAGCAGAUAUUUUUAACGCUGUUAAAUACAUGUUAUAAUGUAGCUGCCAAACAGACAUUGCUCUUCUGAUGUCCCUGCGCCCCUCAGGGCUGGGGCAGAGCCAGCCCCCAACACCGGUCUCGCCCCACAGCGUGCUCCCACCACUGUUGGAGACACCACCACGCUCCUGCAAGCUGUCCCUGCCCUGAGUUCAGCAAGCACGGUGGCCUCCACAGGCACCCCAGCCUGCUCGGCCGCCUCCCCUGCUGCCAGCCCACCUUCUGGCUGUGGCGUGCGUGGGCCAAAUGACCCAGGGUUUUGUGUAACCCAAGCACCACUGUGGCCAGUGAAUGCCCAGGCAGGGCGGCCUGACCGCAGGGGCCAGGACCACUGGAGCUAUGGUUGCAGCCUGGAGGACCCCUCGGGCCAAGGGCCCGGCCACUCGGCCAAGCUCCUGAGUGAGGUUUAGGUUUGGGUCCCGCCCUGGGUGGCAGUCCUGCCCUCCGCCUUCCCGGGUAGCAGGAGGUGGGGUCCUCCCCAGUCCUGCUGCUCCCACAACCCCACAGCCCGGUCCCCACAGGAAGAGCCCUCCAGCUCUCGCAGCUGGGACCCUGGGACCCUGCCGGCCCACCCCGAGGGCUGUGCUCUUGGUUUCCUAAGGCCCUACUCGGGAAACAGUGCCAGACACGGGACAGGCUGCAGACCGCUCCCAUUCUUCCAGAGGACGGGCCUCUGGCAGUCCAUGGCACAGGGGUGCAAGAUGUCCCACUUUUCUUACCCGUGACCUUCCUGCUUCCCUCCUCCCCCAGGUAAAGGGACGGGUCCGAAUGUUCACGGUCACAGGCCCUAGGUGAGUUGGUGGACAGGACCAGGACAUGACCUUGGGUUUGGCCCCCACUUGGAUACCUGCAGGCAAAGUGCUGGGCAGAGGGCUGCUCCCAAGAGCCCUUUUCACUGAAAUUUGCCCCCUCUGACAGCACCUGGGACCUGGCUUGGAAGGAACUGAGGUAGGGUGCCGGCCACAGAGCAGGCCUGCCCGUGGCUUCUAUUUGAAGGGAGCCGUGGACCCCUGAGGGUCCUGCCCUCACCACUGAGACCUCAUCUGCUCACUUUUUCAGAGGUCACGUUCGACAGGAGCAGGUGCUGGUGAGGCACCGGACUCAGCCUUCCAGCUGCAGGGCAGGCUUCAGAGAAACACCCAGGGGCUCCCCUGCCCCUCCUGGCUGAGGGCCCCCCCUUUUCUGGGUCCUCUUCUGCCCACUUCUGUGGCUGUGUCCUCACAUUGUGCAGAGGACCCAGUGCCUCCACCCUGUGCCUGGGCCUGCAGAGCCCGCUGUGGUCUGUCCUCUGCCUGAGUGCUGUGGGGCCCACACACCACACCCUCCCUGGGCCACACCUUGCUCAGGGACUCGGGCUGCACGUACCCCUGUGCCUCAGUUUCCCCAUCAGCUAAACGGGAAUGGUCACAUUUCCUCUGCCUACCUCAUGGAGCUCUUGUGAGGAUACAUGUAGAAGCACUUUGUCCCUCAAAGGAAGAGGACACAGAAGCCAAAGCCAUCUGACUGCGCGGGUGUGGCUGUGAGCACAGCGGGAUGGGGGGCGUGAGCUGUGUGGGCCCCAGACAGCAGCGCACAGGACAGGAGCGGCCCCUCGGCAGCAGUUCUCAGCCCACUGGUUAACCAGAGGUAACUAGCACUCAAGCCACCAGUUACCAUCAGGCAAGGCCAGGCUCCCCCGCCAGCCGGGCUGCUGCAGUCCAGCAUGGUGCGGGCAGGCACUGCCCUUGCCUGGGCCUGGUAAGGGGCAGCCCCUUCCUUGCAGCCAGGCUCACUGCUUGCUCCCUCCCGUGACCCCCGGCUAGUGUCAUGAGUGUCAUGGCCGCACCUCGGAAAGAAAACCCCCUGGGCCCAGCCGGGGUCUGUGGGGCAGAAUGGCCAAGGCCGACCUUGCUGCACUGUCCUUGCUUCCCGACGGCCCUUCGUGGGUCUGGCCUUUUGCCCAGAACAGAUUCCUCCUUAGACCAGGCCGCCUUGCUCUGAGGGCCAGCGGCCUGUUCUCUGACCUCCUCCCCAGACCUGGCCUUCCCUCCGUGGGGAUGUCCCUGGGCGGUCUGCAAGAGCCCGAGGGCUGGGCUCGAUGGCAGGCCAAGGGCCGCCACGGUACCGGUCUGCAGACUCCAUCCAUCCCGUUAAUGGCGCAGUUUGGUUUCUAGGAUGUACGCGUUGCUUUUUGUUUUUGUUUUUUUUUUUAACAGAAUUAAUGUAAGCCUUUUUGGGGAGCAGAUUCUAAUCUGUCACGAAUGUGACCACGUGGACUAUUUCAAGGUGCUGAUGCAACACUAAUAAACCUGGGGAGCACCCCCAGGCCCUCCUCC